GAGAUCAACCACCUCACAAUUGACUUUGUAAACUCUCACUUCGAGCCGUCCAUACUGGAAUAAUACAAAACACUUUCGUAGUCAGGAUUCCAACAGUUCCCUUUCUACGUCCUCCAAAAUGUCUCCUCCAGCAAUCAUCGCGCCAUCAAUCCUCUCUGCCGACUUCGCAGAUCUAGGCAAAGAAUGCUCGAAAACCAUCGCGCAAGGCGCAGAUUGGCUCCAUAUAGAUAUUAUGGAUGGACAUUUCGUGCCAAAUAUCACUUUCGGUGCUCCAAUUGUUACGAAAAUCCGGAGUCAUGUUGCGAAUCCAACGGAGAAGCACGGUAAUGGGACGUUUGAUUGCCAUAUGAUGAUCGCAGAGGUAUACAGUCUAUACUACCUUUACUAGAAGGGAUUCCGCUGACUGGACUUUUCUCUACAGCCAAAGAAAUGGGUCAAGGAGUUCCAGAAAGCGGGGUGCGAUCUUUAUUGUUUCCAUUACGAAGCUGCGAUUUCGAGUACCAAUGCCGAAAGUCCCGAGGCUACGAGCAAUGAGAAAACAAGUCCCAAGGAGUUGAUUCGAUAUAUCCAUGACUGCGGAAUGCUGGCCGGGAUCGCUAUUAAGCCUGAUACAAGCGUUGAUGUGCUAUGGGAUAUUUUGGAGAGUACGGAUGAGAGGGAGAAGCCGGAUGUAAGACCUUUCCUUGAUAGAGGUUUGUUACAUGUUUGCUGACAGCCCCAGAUGGUACUUGUUAUGACUGUCUAUCCCGGAUUCGGAGGACAAAAGUUUAUGGCUUCGGAACUGCCAAAGGUCGCCGAGUUACGGAAGAGAUACCCAGAUUUGAAUAUUGAGGUUGAUGGAGGAUUGGGCCCUGGAACAAUCGAUCAAGCAGCUGAUGCGGGUGCGAAUGUCAUUGUUGCUGGGAGCGCCGUGUUCGGAGCCAACGAUCCAGCGGAAGUUAUUGCUAAAUUGAGAGAAGCUGUUGAGUUAAGAAGGACUAAGCUGUGAGAGUGGCAAGUUGGUGCAUUCAGAGAUGAAUUAUUUGGCCGGGCUCAAGUG